GGGCGGGGCUUAACAUCCAGGAUUUCCUGUCCUGUCACUUGAAAACCGCAGCACGGUCGAGGCUGACUUGAGAGCUUAACUUCGCAAGCAAAAUCCGGAGAAAUGUGAAGACUACAUGCAGCGAACCGAAGGAAGAAGCACUGUUCUUCUGCAGCUGUGUAUGUAUGCGUGUUCACUAGCCAACCCGCCCAGCUCUCCGUGAGUUGAACAGGUAAACACUUAAAUAUUCUCCUCACCCGAGAUCUGUUGACACGGCACGUAGAACACUUCGGGUUAUGACGUUUUACAUGGAACGUCGAAUUGACGUUUCGGUAUGUUAGUUCAGAUAUAGAUAUAGAUACAGCGAAGCCAACUAUCGACUGUUUAAAGAGAAAGUAAAGGACACCUGAAUUUAACUCAACCUGUUCAUGGCAAGCCAAGCAUGGCUGGAGUCUUCUCUGCAGCGCUCUGCCAGUCUGGGCCUGGAGGUGCUGGAGCGGGCCUCCAGGCGGAGUGUAGACUGGACACGCACUGGCGCAUCCCAGAGCCCCACUACUACACAUGAAGACUCACAAAUACCUGUCAAGGUGCCGAGAACACACACAGAGUCGGAUGAUAUCUUUGCAACCAUCGCAGAGUUCAUGGUACAGACAACUCAUCAGUGCAAGAGGUUUUACCAGUCUGGCUGUUGCACUGAGCCCACUGACACUGAGCGAAAGCAUGUGUCCAGGUUCCACUCACGGCCAGCUGUUGGGAUGACAACACGUGCACACUCAGCCAGAGAACAUGGUCGUGUGUCAGCAGCGGCAGCAGGGGAGGAUUUUGUGAUCGAGGUUUCACCGGGGACGUACGCCAUCACUGCCAGCAUGCCGGAGUUGGAGCAGCAGACUCAGCUGGUCAGCGUCAAAGCUGGAGAGAGUAUCAACCUCACCUUCAAUCUCUGACCUCUCGCCAGACCAAACCACUCGCUCUCGACAUAAAGACCAAAACUGAACAAUGCUAGUGCUGUUUGUGUGUGUGUGUGUGUGUGUGUGUGUGUGUUUAUUGCCUUUUUUUUACACAUUUGUUUACAUUUUUAUGCUAUCAAAAUGUUUCAUUUGAUGCAUAAAUUGAGAAGCCAUAUUUUAUUGUAUUUUAUUAUGUGGACCGUUUUUCCUAGAACAUCAUGCUCUUAACUACAUGUUUUUACCUGCACUAAUGCCGCACCAGUGUAUAAAAAUAAAUUAUUAAUUUUUAAUCAA